GACCAACCGCAUACGGUGCGCCUUCGAAAAGUCCUGCCGUUGUCAGACAAGAAUCAAGUUUUGAGGCCAACUGUCUAGAAUUUUUUGACUGCAACUGAAGACCCAACAUGAGUUCUUCACAAAAGGAACAGAGCAACGCAAAUGGACACACACCGGGGUCCUGUCUUAAUUACAAAGCUGUGGCAACACCUCCAAAUAAAUAUAAACUAUACACCUGCGACCAAUGUGGGAGAGCUUUUAACCAGUCGUCUCACCUUAAAACACAUCAAGUCAUCCACAGUGGGGACAAACCGCAUUCCUGUGAUCAAUGUGGAAGAACUUUCAACCGGCCAGAUAGUCUAAAGAGGCACCAACUCAUCCACAACGGUGAUAAAGCACAUGCCUGUGACCAAUGUGGAAGAACCUUCAGUCGUCCAAAUGGUUUAAAAAGACACCAACUCAUCCACAGUGAUGAGAAACCGUACACCUGUGAUCAAUGUGGCAGAGCUUUCUAUACGUUAUCAGAAUUAAAAAACCACCAACGUAUACACACUGGAGAGAAACCAUACACUUGUGAACAUUGUGGGAGAGCAUUCAAACAUCUGUCAACCUUAAGAAGGCAUCAACUCAUCCACAGUGGUGAAAAACUACAUACAUGUGACCAGUGUGGGAGAGAAUUCAACUGCCCAAAUAGUCUAAAAAGACACCAGCUCAUCCACAGUGGAGAUAAACCAUACACAUGUGACCAAUGUGGGAUUUGUUUCCGUCAUUUAAGUACAUACAAAAAUCACCUACGCACCCACAAUGCAGACACAACGUACUCUUGUGACCAGUGUGGGAAGAGGUUAUGUUCCUCGCUUUCAUGGAAGUAUCACCAGCGUAUCCACACUGGGGAGAAACCGUACCGUUGCAGAUACUGUGAGAAAAACCUCAAUACAUUAUCAUCACGGAUAAUUCAUGAGCGUGUUCACACUGGAGAGAAACCAUACAGCUGUGAUCAGUGUGGGAAGAAUUUCUGUCAUAAGUAUUCAUAUGUGGUGCACAAACGAAUGCAUACAGGAGAGAAACCAUAUCAGUGUCAGCACUGCAUGAAAAGUUUCUUUUCAUCAUCCAGGCUCUCCAAACAUCAACGUAGCCACAGUGGGAACAAACGGUACUGGUGUGGACAGUGUAAAAGAAGCUUCUAUGAUUUAGGUCACUGGAGGAGACAAGAAGCAUCUAAACUGAGGAAGCGAUGCUCCUCUAAGUACAUGUACAAACUGGAGUGGUAGAACUUUGAUCACUAAUCAUGUUUUUGUUUUGUUUUUUUAAAUCUGGUUAUCUGCACAACUACGAAAUAUUGAUACAUUCGAAGCUCAUAUGUGCUUUUGCUGUUUGAGGUUAUUCUCAUCCUUCUGCAGCGAGACAUCAUCAAAUGAAUAUGAUGUACUUUUGAUAUCAUGUGACCCCAGGAUAGAAACAAGUGGCUUGAAGGCUGAGGAAAGGGUCAGCAGGCACAGGAGAUUUGAAUGGAUUAUGAGGUAAAUGUUGAUGAACGGACAGGCAUUAAGAACAAAAUACUUGCCUGUGUUUUAGAUUUGCUGAAUACGUUGUAAGCUAACCACUGACAUUGCCUGCUGUGCUGUGGUCUUUAGUUAUGCUUAGUGUUGAUAAAUUUAGGCACAUCUUGGUGACUGAAUGUGGGAACAGUGAAAUUUGUCUCGAUUGUGCAAGAUGAGUUGAAGUGGAGCUCGAUGUAUUUGGUUCUUGGUCUCUCUUGGAUCAUUGUGCAUCACUGGACUGAAGAGAGGUUGCAGUACUAAGGGACACCCAGAUGAGGCUCACAGUACUAAGGGACACCCAGAUGAGGCUCACUACUGGCAGUGUUAGUUACACACUAUGGCCACAUGGUGUGCUGUGCUGUGGAAAUGCCAUUGCACACCUGCCUAAUUGUUGAGGAACCCAUUAAGUGGAAAAGGUCAACGUAUGUCACAUGUAUCACCUGGGUGUGACAGAUAGAUGGCUGCUCUCAAGAGCCCAACUGAUACAUUCGAUCCGUUGGUCAAUAAUAUCGGCCAAUACGAGCCUUUUAUGCGUAUAUUUGUAUUUGCAUUCUUUUUGCCAAUAUUAAAACUUUUGUUUUUACCAAAUAAAUAAUGCAUACAAAACACUUUGGCUGUUGGAAAUGCUGUCAAGCAUGGCUAGAACCCACAUCACCCCUUGGUCACAUUAGUGACAAGAAACAGGCAGAGUGACCACUUGCAAUUCAAUUUCAAUUAGAGUGGGUGUUUGACAUCCACAUGAAGUAAGUGGUCACUAUGCCAUCAGGUAGGUGGAGCCAGAAUAGAUCAGAAGUCUAUUUUAUGCAAAUGCCACGUGAUGCAACAUGGCGACUGCCAAUACGACAGCAGGCAGUGUGACAUAUGUUGGUUGGUUGUUGGUUAUACUGAAAGUUAUUUAUAUAAUGUCUAAUGUUUAAACUGGAAAAUGUCAAGCCUCAGUUACAUUUCUAUGUCAUCAGGGUUUGAUAAUGGAAUGUUAGGACUCAUUGCCAUUUUUGAUGUGUAUAUAUCAGCAGAUACAUCUGUAUCGGCCUCCCCGAAAAAUCCAUAUCAGUCAGGCUCUGUUGCCGUUGGGAGGUGUGGAUGGACCUGCCUUUGUGGUUGCCAAACAGGAUGCAGGGAUGCUCUGUGGGUUGGUGGAUACAGUGAAAUACCAUUCCCAGACUUAACCUGACAUGUCUUGGAAUCAGCGUGAGGUAUAAUGAAAAAGUUUGGUUUUAUGUUUGGUGAUUUUGUUUAAAACUCUAAUCAUGGAAACAUCAU